CACGGGGGGUGUGUGAGUGUUACGUAAUCAUCAGAGGAUGAAAACCUGCAUCUAGCGAGAAAGAAAGAGAGAGAGAGAGAGGUCAGAAGUGAGAGUGAGCGAGAGAGAUAGAAAGAGAUUAACAGGAUCCAGGCCUCCCAGUCUCACAGUCAGUGUGACAGGAGAGCGGUGAUAGUGUGUACGCCUGGGCGGCGUUCUCUGGACUGGCUCAUUGUGUCACGGGACUGCGGCCGAACUUUCUGGCCCGUUCAUUUGUUUACAUCUGACACCUGCUCUGAUUUUGGACUGAAUCUGGACCCGACUGGACAAGAUGCUCCUGCAUUUGGGAGGGUCCAGGGGGAAGAUGGGCGUUCUUCUAGUCAGGAGAGUGGCUUUGUUUUGUCGUUCUGCCCACUUGUCUCCCCAAAGCCUGGAGUAUCGACCAAUCAAAAAGGUUAUGGUGGCAAACAGAGGUGAAAUUGCCAUCCGGGUGUUUCGGGCAUGCACAGAGCUCGGGAUCCGCACAGUGGCUGUAUAUUCAGAGCAGGACACGGGGCAGAUGCACAGACAGAAGGCAGAUGAGGCUUACCUCAUUGGCAGAGGCCUGUCCCCCGUCGCAGCCUAUCUCCAUAUCCCCGACAUAAUCAAAGUGGCUAAGGAAAAUAACGUGGAUGCGAUCCACCCUGGUUAUGGCUUUUUAUCCGAGCGUGCAGACUUCGCCCAAGCCUGUGCUGAUGCCGGGGUAAGAUUCAUUGGCCCUUCCCCAGAGGUUGUGCACAAGAUGGGGGAUAAAGUGGAAGCCCGUGCCCUGGCCAUAAAAGCAGGUGUUCCAGUUGUUCCUGGAACAAACGCACCCAUCUCAUCUCUUCAAGAAGCUCAGGAAUUUGCCAAAACAUACGACUUUCCCAUCAUCUUUAAAGCCGCAUAUGGAGGAGGAGGCCGUGGGAUGAGGGUGGUCCGAGAUUAUGAGGAGUUAGAGGAGAAUUAUCAGCGAGCAUAUUCAGAGGCUCUGUCGGCAUUUGGUAACGGUGCUCUAUUUGUUGAGAAGUUCAUAGAGAAACCACGACACAUUGAAGUACAAAUUCUCGGUGAUAAAUAUGGAAACGUGAUUCAUCUGUAUGAGAGGGAUUGCUCUAUCCAGAGAAGACAUCAGAAAGUGGUAGAGAUCGCUCCUGCUGCCCAGCUCGACCCUCACCUCAGAGACAGAUUGACCUCAGACUCAGUCAACCUGGCCAAACAGGUGGGCUAUGAGAAUGCAGGCACAGUGGAGUUCCUGGUGGACAAACAUGGAAAACAUUACUUCAUCGAGGUCAACUCCCCGCUCUACAGGUGGAACAUACAGUUACCGAGGAAAUCACUGAGUGAGUGA